UCGCUCGCUUCGGGAAAUCGGGAUUUAGCACCAGCGGGAAUGAGGAAUCGAAAAUAAGGACGUGAAUCGGAAUUCGGAUUCGGAAUUAGGAUUUAGGAAACUGCUUGUCAGUUGUCGCGCACAAAUCCUGUUUUGAAUCUGGACCACAAGCUAAAUUCCCAAGGAACAAGGAUACAGUUAAAAGUGUGAAGGAAGCCGCGAUUGAGACGAACAAAUGCUGUUUGAAACUUGGUGCUAGUUCAUAAGCUGCACCAAUAAAAAUGUUCCGCUCACCAUGGGACCAGUCCUGUGUGAAGCUGGACACGGCUCCGAGCAACGCGGACGAGGUGUUCGGCUGUGACAUCUGCUCCGACGGCGGCUGGACCAGUGAGACUGAGGUUGAGCUGCAUAAGACUAAGAAGCACUAUACUAAAGAGUUUAUGGAUGAGAUCAAGAUGCAGGAAGAUUACUGCUAUAUAUGCAUAAAGAGUUUCUCCAGCAAGGAGGACAUGAUGAAGCACAUCAGAACAGAACACCUCCUCAGCAGUCCGUGCUCGUACCGGGUAGAGAGGCAGACCUUUGUUUGCGACUUGUGUAGCGCCAUCUUCUUCAACAAACAGAACUUGGUCAUACAUUUGAAGUAUGGCCACUUGGAGAAUUCAGUGCACAAACUUAUCAAAUGCGUGCUAUGCCUCAGAAAUAUCCAAAUCCGGAACAUAUCGGCUCACUUCUACAUGCACAACAUACAAAGCGUGUCCACAUGCAGAAUAUGUUUGCACAAGUGUCACAACUGUAAAGCUCUGAAAGAGCACAUGAAAUCACAUCCAUUGUAUCUAAAAUGUGAAAUGUGUUUCUUUGAAACAAGUAGACUAGACGCCUUCCAAAACCACAUAGUCACUAGCCACAAGAAAAACAACGCUACAGUCACAGAUGAGAAAACAAAAGAUAAUGCUAAAAAAGCUACAGCCAGCAAAACAAAUGAUAAUGGAAAAUCAAAAAGAAAUUUAGUGAACACUGAUAAUACAAAUACAAUUAUGAUGAAAGACAGUGAUGAUGAUAUGACGGGUGAUGAAUAUCUCACGGUGAUAGAAAUAUGUGAUGAUGAUCCAUCACAGCAAAAUAAAAAUUUAGCUAUAGCUGACAUUAAAAUCGAGAAUGAAAAUUUAAAUCUGACUGAACUAAAACAGGAAUCUAUAGAUGAUGUAGAUUUAAACAUACUGAAAGAGGAAUUGAUAGUAAAAGACAAUUUUAUGAUAGAUGAAAAUAUUGUAAAGCAAGAAAGAGAUGAUGAUUUUAAAAGAUAUUUCAUACCGAAAAUGCCAGCUUAUGUGAAACUCCAAAGGGUAGCUGGUAUAAGGGGUAUAAAGUUAUCAAAUGAUGUCCGCAUCUGUGUGUUGUGUAGAGAAAUCUGUGUUACUUCCGAUGAAAUGAAGAGCCAUGUGGAGGAACACAAGAAGGUGAUGAAGACAAAUAAGGAGAACACAUAUGAAUGCUCAUGUGGAGAGAGUUUCACUAACAAGGUUUUGUUGAAGCACCAUGCGUUUAAAACUAAACAUGUUAUAGGCAAGUUUUAAUGAACAGCCAUUUUUUUAUAUUUAAAUUGUCAUCAUCAUCAUCAUCUAUAUGUAUAUAUUCAUAUAUAUAUUAACAUUUAACGAGGUAAAUUUCGUGCUAUUGUAGGGAGUAAUCUCUGGAUCUACUAACCCAAUUUUCAAAAUCCUUUACCAUUUCAAAACCACGUUAUUUGCCAAUGUUAUAGGGUAGGAUAUCUUAUACCUUAUUCUCACGGGAACGGGAACUGCGCGAGUGAAACCAUGGGGCGUCGGCUAGUCAAAAAAAUAAUUCUAAUUCGAAUCCGUAGAUUAUUAGGUAAAAACUAUUCCUUAUCACAAUAAAGAAGGUCAUUAAUAUGAAUAAAUAAAUGAAAUGGUCCUAGUAUAGCUCCUUGAGAGACUCUUUAUGUUUACAACAGACCCAGUAGAUCUCAUCUAAUUUAUCUUAAUUUUUUUUUUUAAUUCAAUGACGAGUUUUUUGAAGGCCUUCGUGGCACAGUACGGUGGAUUUACAAGACGGAGGUCCUGGGUUCGAUCCCCGGCUGGACCGAUUGAGGUUUACUUAAUUGGUCCAGGUGUAGCUGGUGGGAGGCUUCGGCCGUGGCUAAUUACUAUCCUACCGGCAAAGACGUACCGCCAAGCUGUUUUUGAAAAACUAUUCAAAUCAGUUUUAGAUAGGUGGUAUACUAGUAGUAACUAGUAGUGACUAGUAGACGCCGCGCGGUUUCACCCGCGUGGUUCCCGUUCCCGUAGGAAUAUGGAGAUAAAAUAUAGCCUAUAGCCUUCCUCGAUAAAUGGACUAUCUAACACCGAAAGAAUUUUUCAAAUCGGACCAGUAGUUCCUGAGAUUAGCGCGUUCAAAAAAACAAACAAACUCUUCAUCUUUAAUUAGUAUAGAUUACAGGACAUCCUGUAUAUUUCUGGUUCUAAACCAUAUUCCACGCGAUAAAGUUGCGAAUGUCCGCCACUUGUACUAAUUAUUGUAAAAAGUUGUGUAUUAUUUUAAAAUUAUAAUAUUUUUUUUUAAAUAUUAAUGAAUGAAUCAAUAAAACUAUGUGGUUUAGAUGUA